UGCUAUUAUAGUGCUAAGGAUUAUUGUUGCAAUGAAGCCUCUGUGCUUUUUCUCUGUUUAUUGUUCAUUUUGGUAACAUGCUGUAGAAGAAUGAAUGCAUUGAUAGCAAGGUUGCCUUUAUUAACGCUUUUUUUUUUUUUCCAACAUGGUUAUAACAAGCUUGCUUAUGGCUAAAUAAACGUAAAAAAUGUAAAUGUGGCUUACAUGAAUUGCAGUAUGAGGGAUAUUGUAGUUGGAGAUUUUUAUAUUUCUGAAUCUGACACAUGCCAUGUAUUUAUUGUUGUUUUUAUUGCCUUAUAUAGUUGCUUAGAAAGAAAAAAAGGGAGACAGUCUUUGAGGAAAGUAGUGUGUUUUUUUUUUAAUUAUUAUUACAUUCAUGACCAGCAAUUAAGAAUGAUGCCUGGCUGAUUUCACCUUAUCGUCCUGUGUUUGUUGUGAUCUGCUAGCUGAUGAUGUAUAAAAUUUGCAUUGUAUUGCAGUGUCUGCUUGACUGCAUUGAGUGGAGGAUUUAUGUUGACUGUAGUUUCAGUGCUGCCACUGUGUGGUGGUUUGUGGUAUCUACCAGUGUGGUGGAAGAUAUUUACAUUAUACUGAAGGUUAUUUGGGUAAUUUGAAAUUAGCAACAAGAUUAUUAUGGACCCACCGAUAAAGAACUACAGAUUAUAGAAAUGCAUAUUAUUUUCUUUAUUUAUACAGGUAGAGGAAAAUAAUAUUAUGCAUUUGCGUAUCCAUUAAAACAUCCAAUACAAAUAAAAAGACUGUUAUAAAUCAGAAGCCUCAGUACUUGUAGUUUGAAAUGCAAAUGGCGAUUUUUAAGAGCCGUAAUAAUCUGAAUGCAUAUGUUAUUUGCAGUAAGUAAAGGCUACAAUAGCUCUGUAGCAGCCUGAGUUCACUUUUAUGUAUUUACACAUGUUGUAAGUAUCAUGGUUCAAAUUCAUUCCGCAAAAAUUAAAAAUCACACAACAAUAAACGGCUGCAUUAAUAGAAAUGAACAGCCAACCCGACAAAAUAAAGACAAAGAGACAAAAUGGGCACGUCAGUGAAUGCCCUUUUUAUGCUCCUUCCAAAAUGGCUGCCGCACCUAAGAUUUAAUGGUUUAAGCAGAUUUUAUUGCUUGGAAGCAAGAUGAAAAGGGAAACAGAAGGGGCAGAGCCUUAACCAUUGAUCUGCCUGAAAAAUCCCUGUUACAUUUCACAGGCCCCCAGACAAUUGCAUGCCUAAAGUAUGUCUUUAUUCUCCUUUUUUCUUUUUUUAUAAAAUAGCUACAGAAGUCUAAGCCAUAAACAUCGAAUUCACAGCAACUAUCCUCCCAAUUUUACUGUGCUGGUUAAAUAAUACAAUUUUAGAUGUAUUUAAAGACACUACUGACAUGUUUUGCUUUUGCUGGAUUUUAAAGAUUUGUGAUAGUUUCUGUACAGAUAAUGCAUUUGAUCAUAGGUCAUUUUUGCCAUGUUCCUAGGAUGAAUAUAUGACAUUUAAAACAAAAUACACUUGGUUGUCGAUUGUCUUUGUGCUUGACCAUAUUACAGUUAGACUGGGACAGUUUAAUACAAACUUGGUGCCCAACCUUCACAAACACACACACACACACACACACACACAUAGAUACAUGCAUGCACAUAUUCAUACACAUAUACAAACACACCCACAGACACCCUCUCAUCCAAUCAAGCUCAGAAAUGCCUCUAAAUUCACAGACACAUCCAAAUAUGUGAUGUCAGGAAAUUCCAGAGGUGUGUUGUGACCUUCCUGUGCAAAACACCAUUGUCAUAUUUUUCCACUUCUAAAGUAUACAGCUAGACAGAUGUAUGUUCAUGUUUUUGCAGCUUAUUUUAUGUCAAAUACACUGAUGGUUCAGAACAGGGGGUGUUGCAUCACCUCUAACUUGGGCUGGCUAUACAUUAUACAAUUUUCUUAUUCAAUUUCCUUUAGAUUUAUUUUCAACUAUGUAGUGCAAGGACCUGUCUGCAUAAAAAUUGAAAGUAUAUUCUAUGGUUUUGGUAAAUCUAAAGGAAAACUGUACAUGGACAUUGUAUAAUGUAUGGCCAGCCUUACACCUCUAUAGUCUCUACCUUACAAUAUGUAACUGUAAGCGAUUAAUGCAAAUGUCCUACUACAGAGUCUUCCAGCAUCAAAGUUUACAUUCUUUUAGGCAAUUUAAAGCAUUUUAUAGAGCCAUGAAGGAACAUGGCUCAUUCCAGGGUAUGGGCCAUAAACUUUAUACUACAUUCAGAUAAGAGGGAGCUUUUAUGGUAGACUUUCUAUUGCUUGCAGGCUAGUUGUUCAAGUUUUUGAAGACUGGAGAUUUUUAUCUGUCAAUCCCAGACUUUAUUUACCUUUUUCAUGGUAUAGAACCAGAUUUAAUAGGGAUGCUGUGGAUCAACGAUAAUAUUUUAAUAAACAAAAGGAGAUUCCUAUUUCAAUACAUUAACACUGCCUUGACUUGUUUUUGGGAGGCGUUGUUGCAUUGCUGUGUUUUAUUUUGGGCAUAGUGCCUAAUCCUACAUUACUCAGAAUAUUUUAUGUUAUUUUGCAUUAUUUGUGUUUUGAUGAUGUGGGCUGCAUUUUACCUAUUUAUGAACGUCUGUUCUUGCAAACUGUGUUUAUUUUCUGUGUGAAGGCUGGUGGGUAAGCAAGAUGCGUUUAAAAACCUAAAUACAAAGUGGAAGAAAUGAUUAAUAGCACUUGAUGUUAGCAAAUAACUAAAAUCCAACAUGUGAGGUGUUGUUUUUUUUUUAUUAUUGUUUGCUUAGCUGUUGUCCUCGUUUAUGUGGCUGUUAAACUUUUAAUGGGACGUCAGCUGAGAUAUAAUAUUACUAUUCCUAUCAUGGCAAGAACACUAUGGAAUGUAAACACUAAUUAGAGGCUGGCGAAUUACUGUGAUUGAUCAGUUGUAAUAACUACACUGGAGAUGUUUAUUCAUAUGUAUCUACUUCUGCAGAGACAUUUCCUAUUUGUAGUAAUCUUGGUUGUAUGCAGGGUGGCUGCAAGGGUGUUAUCUGUUGAUAAAUGUGAAUUCUGCACCUAUGUGUUCAUCUGCAGAUAAUACCAGGUAUUAUAGGAAAUGCUUAGUGACUGAUCCAGUUGUACAGAAUGCAAAGAGAUUUCACUCAAAAGAACACUAAUUGCUCUCCUCUGUGUAAUAAGAUGUGUAUAUUAUUGUUGUAUAUGUGCCUGGGAAGCUGUGUGUUAUUUGGAAGUUUGCUGGCUCAGUCCCAGUCCCAGGGGAGCACCAUCAUAACUCCUUCCUAUUGGCUACUGAAUGAUCAGCUGCUUAUAUUUGCCUCUGUCGCUUUUGGCGCCUGGCCAUCCAGAAACAAACCAGUUCGAUGACUACUAAUAGUUAUAGCUAGAUGUACUAAUACACAACAAAUCACAGAACUAGAGAGUGCAGAGCAAAUGAGUUCUUACUUUGUGAAUAGCACUUUCCCUGGGAGCCUGCCUAAUGGACAGGACUCGUUUGUGGGUCAAAUCCCCCUCUACUCAUCCGGCUAUGAAGCUUUAAGGCAUUUUCCAGGUUCUUAUGGGACAUCUCCCCUCCAGGACAAGUCCUACUCAUCGCCCUGCUUCUAUCAGCAGUCCAGUACAGUUAUUGCUUGCAACCGAAACUCCUAUGACUAUGGGACGUCUUGUUUCUAUCCGGACAAGGACAGCACCAGCAACCCUUCCUCGUAUCCUGCCAAUAAGAGGUCCCAGACUGGGGAUUAUCUGCAUUUCUCUACUGAACAGCAAUACAAAUCUACUAAUCUACAAGGUAAAAUGUUCAAUGAGGAAGCUAACGACCGGAAGUAUAGUAACCCUGUCUACCCCUGGAUGCAGAGAGCCAACUCCUGCGCUGGUACAAUGUACGGCAACCACGGCAGGAGGGGAAGACAAACUUAUACUAGAUAUCAGACUCUAGAGCUGGAGAAAGAAUUCCAUUUCAAUAGAUACCUGACCAGGAGGAGGAGAAUUGAAAUAGCGAAUGCUCUCUGCCUUACAGAACGACAGAUUAAAAUUUGGUUUCAAAACAGAAGAAUGAAAUGGAAGAAAGAAAGCAAGAUUAUUAAUUCUUCCCAACCCAACGACGACCCAGAAGAGGACAAGCCAGUCAAUGAAAGUUAACACCAGGCCUCUCCUCUAUUCAAGUGAAUAUCGUCCUCUAAUCUGCACACAUGCCACAUACUAUACAAAGGCUUCAUGUUCAUUUCCACCCUCAUUCUCCUUCCCGGUGACUGAAAAGCCCAGGACCAUCUAUCUGAUAGAAAAUGCAUGCACACCAUUUUCAUGUGAUAAACAAACAAACAAAAAAUACCUGUAAACAUCGAAUUAAUUUGUAUAUGGAUGUCGGAUAUCAGCUCCUAACUCUUACUCCACCCUACAAAGCCAAUGUAAUCUGUGUUCUGAUACCGGAUUAAAGUCAGAUUAUAGAUUGUGGUGUAAUAUCUGCCAUGUAAACAGAUGUCCAGACGAAUAGGAUCUUGGAGGAAAAAGAAAGAUCCGGAAUAGCGGGGUCAUCCUGUAUUCUGGGGUCUCUGAACAGAAUGUAACUGUCAGCUGUAUCGUAAAAGUCACAAUAAUAUUUACAGCCACUCAUUGUUUGCUGGGACUGCAAGGCAAUAGACCCUAUUUUAUUCUUUGAAAGGGGAAAAAAAAGCAAAAAAGGCAGAGCAGAAAGCCUGCUUUGUCAAGUAUUUCCUAAAUAAACGUGGACAAAGUCUAACUCCAAUCUAUUUAUUGAUUAUAAAAUGCUUACACCUUGCAUUGGGACAGUGGAAUGUUCCUUAAAGCCUUGCGACAAGCUACAGGCAUUUUCUGAGUGUAAAAUAAAGCACCCUGCAUGAUUUAAUCCCUAUGUAUACACUGGACUUUUUUUUUUUUACUAUAUUGCAAUUGAUUGGAAAAUGACGUUUAAAUGGCAAUGCAAGUCUAAAAUAAAACCUAUCGGGUUCACAUCAAUUAGAAAAUAAAAGGGCAAUAGAUGUAUUAAGAGUGGCUGUUAUGUUGCUUCACUGAAUCAAUAUGCCUAUUUCUGUAUAAUUAUCAAUAAAAUAAAAAAAAAAGGAACACAUGAGCUGGCAAUCUAGAUGAUGAAAUGUGAAAUAUAUUUUGGAGUGAAUAGCACAAAAAAAAAA